AAUUGAGUAAACGACUGAUAGCAGAGGGGUAUCCUUUGAAGUCCUCCUAAUAUCGGCCUGGUAGAGUUUGCCAUUUUGAAGUAAUAAUUACGUAAAAUGGAUAAAUUCUGGGUGGAACACAUUGAGAAGACAGCGCGCAAAGAUCAUGACAUAAGAAUUCAAAGAAGUGUCCAUAUUGUGAAAUCAUCGAGAGCUGAGUUUAUGGAACAGUAUUUGGCUUCGGUUGAACCUAUGGGAAGAUUUGUUACAUUGAAGAAAAGAGGAGAAAGCUUUUUCCAGUGGAGGUGUGAAAGAUCCAGGAUCCCAAGGGGUCAGUCAUCAGGUUGCCCAACUAAGACCAAGGCAAAUCAUUGCGGGGCAUACGUAUCAUUUAAAUUUAAGCGUGAUAAAAGCAUUGAUUGCUGUGUUGUUCGGCUCCAACCAGAGCACUCGGGUCACAAUGUUGACAUUGUUAAUGAGAAUGUGGUCAUUGAGAAAGUGGUCAUUGUGGACAUGGACGAACACAUCACCGAAGAUGCUGUUGCAGUCGAAGAGUCACAUGUGAACACAAGCAUUGCCAUACAGACUAACUCACCGACCAACAGACAAUCAGAUACAGAUGCACAAAACGCAGAGACAAAAGAUGCUCUUACAGAAACCGACGACCACACCAACACAGAUACUGCUAUAGAUGCAAGCGCUGUCUUCAAAGAAGUGGAGAGCAUCCUGCCGUUGUCAUGUGGAAUCCGGAAACGAAGAUAUCCUGUUACUAUUGGAGAGGUGAAGAGGAGGGUGGGGCCGCCAGAGAAUAUGUCCCUCACUUCUCUUGUGGCGUAUUUAAGGGAGGAUAAGAACAAAAAGGAAACCGUGAGACAGGAUCUCCAGAGAGCUGGCAUACACCCAUGGCCAACGACAACCGUGUCAUCUUUGUGUUCCAGAGUCACGGAAGGUGAGGCAGCAGACCUUGGUCGCAGUAUUGGAAAACUGGCAGCGACCACAAUUCCCUUUGAUGACAUUACAGUAGUGGACCGUCAGCAUGCAGACGCUUCAAUUGAGAAACUCUAUGAAUUUAGGGAGAUGCUGCAGAGCACAGUUGCUGCAGUGAAAGCACAGAGUGAAGACUUCAACUUGGCCACACACGGGCUGGGAUUAGGAUUGCUAGAUGUAUACACAAAUAUUAUCAUAACCGUUACAGAAAAAGAAAUAGAAAAACGUAUGAAAAAUUGAUAGUAUUUUAUGUCGGUGAGACCGUUUAAAUUCUUGAUUUUUCUUGAUUUGGAAACACUUUACAAUAAGGUUGUAUUUGUUAACAUUAGUUACACUGCAUACACUGGGGGCCAAAAGUUUGGAAUAAUGUACAGAUUUUGCUAUUUCGGAUUCUAUUUAUAUACUAUUUUUAAUUCACCAAAGUGGCAUUCAGCUGAUCACAAAUUAUAGUCAGGGCAUUACUGAUGUAAAAACAGCACCAACACUAUUUGAAUAAAGUCAUUUUGGAUCAAAUCUAGACAGGUCCCAUUUCCAGCAGCCAUCACUCCAACACCUUAUCCUUGAGUAAUAAUGCUAAAUUGCUCAUUUGGUACUAGAAAAAUCACUUGCCAUUAUAUCAUACACAGUUGAAAGCUAUUUGGUUCGUUACAUGAAGCUUAACAUUGUCUUUGUUUUUGUUUUUGAGUUGCCACUAUAUGCAAUAGACUCGGAUGUCUUAAGGUCAAUAUUAGAUCAAAAAUGGCAAAAAAAGAAACCGCUUUCUCAAGAAACACAUCAGUCAUUCAUUGUUUUGAGGAAUUAAGGCUAUACAAUGCUUGAAAUUGCCAAAAAAUUGAAGAUUUCAUACAAAGGUGUACACAACAGUCUUCAGAGACAAAGGACAACUGGCUCUAACAAGGACAGAAAGAGAUGUGGAAGGCCAGAUGUACAAUUACACAAGAGGAUAAGUACAUCAGAGUCUCUAGUUUGAGAAAUAGACACCUCAUAUGUCUUUAGCUGACAGCUUCAUUGAAUUCUACCUGCUCAACACCAGUUUAAUGUACAACACUAAAGAGAAGAAGUGCAAAGAAAAAGCCACUUUUGAAACAGAAACAUAAAAAGAAACGGUAAGAGUGGGAAAAGAAACACAGACAUUGGACAACAGAUAAUUGGAAAAGAGUGUUCUGGAUCUUCACCCCAUUGAGCUUUUGUGGGAUCAGCUAGACUGUAAGGUGUGUGAGAAGUGCCUGACAAGACAGUCACAUCUAUGGCAAGUGCUACAGGAAGUGUGGGGUGAAAUGUCACCUGAGUAUCUGGACAAACUGAAAGCUAGAAUGCCAAAGAUCUGCAAAGCUGUCAUUGCUGCACGUGGAGGAUUUUUUUUAUGUGAACUCUUUUAGUUUCAAUUCUGAAAAAGUCUUUCAAAUUGUAAUAGUAAUUUUUCACAUUAUCAAUGUCCUGAAAAUACAUUGUGAUCAGUUGAAUGCCACUUUGGUGAAUAAAAGUACCAAUUUAUUUCCAUAAGAGCAAAAUCUGUACAUUAUUCCAAACAAUAUUGUAAAGUGUUACUCUUUUCUUUAAUCCUGAGUUGAUUCUUCUGUAAAUGGCUUUGAUUAUUCAAAACAUGACCUUUUGUGUUGCACAGAAGAAAGUAGUACAUGUUUGGAACAACAUGAAAGUAGCUCUCUAAUUGUUUCAUAAUUACUGUACAUGCAGCUCACUCGAUCUCUAGCAAACUGAAUUCAGUGUUGAAUUGCCUUGUAAGAUUCAAGUAAUGCAACACUUAACAGAUCUUAGAUUGCCAGAAGGCAACAAACAUCUAAACUAUAUGCAUUCAUUAUACUAUGCAUAUCACAGUGCAUUCAUCAGGAGGGUCACUGAAA